CGUCAGGUAAACAGGGGGCGGAGCUCCUUUAAGGAAACAUUGACGACCAGCGAAGGAGACAAGCCUGCUGCUAUGGCACGCCUAACGACCUCCUAUUAUCGGUUAUCCUCCUCCGAGCGAAAUUAAAAAUACAUUUCAAACUUUUCUUAUUUAGUUCCUUGAAUUGGAGCCGCGUCAAGUGCGGUGAACGACGGCCGCGGGACGGAAUACGAAAGCGGAAGAACUUUCCGCGAGCGUAACGUUCGCGCAGCGCAGCGGUAGUUAGCUCAAGUAGUUAGCUGGUAUCGCGUCGCACGGGAGCAGCUAGCCGGCUAGCUCGCUGUCAUGCCGGGAGUUUCUCGAGAUUUUACUGCGUACCCGAGAAUAUCUCGCAGUUAGCUGCUUCGCUCCCAGACGCCCAGCAGCGGGUUGUUCCACCCCCACCGAGACGCAGGCAGGGCGGACUGGACUUGGAACAGUGACAGGUCUGAACUAACGGCUGAGGCUCGUGCUUUCCAUAAGGGGACCUGUGCUUCAACCGUCGGUCUCGCUCACACGUCCGAGACUUUCUGAGGAUAUAAGAGCGAGCUCGCCACACUGGAGUUUCUACGAAAUGGUCGUGGAGCUGUAACAAGCUUUAACAUCUGAUAUCUCAAUCCGACUCAAAAGGAGUGUCAACCUUUCUCUUUGCCCCCCCCGCUCCCUUGUCCCCAAAAAAAGACAUCCGUCAACACUGCAGAAAUGCUGACAGACAGCAGGAAGCGACACCAUAGCUGUGGCAGUGAGGAGGACCAACAGCUGAGUUCUCAGGCCAAGAGGUCAGGGGUGGGUCCCAGCCUGCUCCUGUCAGAUUUGGAUUCAGAGUCUUCCAGCAGCGACAGCAGUAAUGGCAUCAGUAGUCCAGAGAGAGCAAUAGUGGCCACCACCAGGCCAUGCAUACACAGCCAGAACAAAUGCAUCACCCAGUGCUCCCUCAGCCCAAAGCCUGAAGACUCUGGUAGUUCCUUGCAGCAUGGUUUCCAUGGUGAUGGCAGCAGUGUCUCUUACGACGACAUCAACAGAGUCCUGAGGGAGGCGCACUUCAGUAGUCUGCAGACCAGAGAGCGUCCAGGCUCAACAUGACUGUGACCUCUGAUCCCUCUCCUGACCCUUUGUCCCUCGCCCAUCAGUGGUGACACUACUGGCACGGUGGCUCCUCCUUGAACGCCUCAAGGAACACAUUUGGGUCAGAGGGAAGGGGAUGAUGUGUGGGGAGGUUUACAGAUUUUGGGCACAAUGGCUCAUCCCCACUUCACCAUGUACCAUUUGUAAAGACCAUAAGCACAUCUGCUGUUCCAUGGCCCAGCCACUGUGGUUUUCUGUGCAGUAUUGAUGUGUGUGUGUGUGUGUGUGUGUGUGUGUGCGUGUGUGUGCGUGCACGCACCCUGUGCACUUUAUAAAGAGAAAUCAUGCUCUUUACAUGCGUGCGUUGAUGCGUGGACAUUGUCAUUGGUGCUAAUCUCAAGAAACGUGCGAUGAUCCAAAGUGCUUGCGAAACUAAAUAAAGCUAAGCACUUUACUCAAUAACUCCUCAUUCUGUUUACUUUGACUGGGGAGGUCAGCCGCUUGUUUGUGUCUGUGAAGUGGGAGAUGUUGCGAUCCCAUUCACAAAGGAAGUUCAUGUAGGCCAUAGGAUUCACUCCCAAGGAGCAUUAUUAAAACAAUCCAGUAAAAUAUAAUUUCAGGCCGUCAUUGUUUUCUCUAACCAAAGUGAAAGUUAAAUUAUAGUGCAUUUGCAGUUACUUUUACUAAGACUGUGGCAGUUCAGUGGGUUCAAGGUAAUGGAAAAGAGAUUCUUCAUGAGCCUCACCACCAACAUCCAACCUCAGAUUAGAUCCCGGCUAAUUAUAGAGCUGUGAGAGCGGGCACCGGAGUGUAAUGCUCAGCGCCGGGCGUCUCACCCACACAGCCUCAAGAAAGAGCUUUCAAAACCAGUUUGUAACUACGUGUUUACGUUAACAUUUUACACAUCCUGUGUGUGUGUGUGUGUGUGUGUAUGCGUAUGCGUCAUACACCCAUCAGCUGUACUUGGUUCUGUAUGGUUCAAUAUGACCAGUACACUGUGUUGCAAAUAAAAUGAGAUGUGAAAGUGAUUCAUAUUUUAUGUACAUUUUCAAAUCAUUUGGCAUUGAAAUAAAGCGUUGCUGAAAGUGA